CGGCGCCGGGCUCCGAGUACCGCCACCAUGGGGAAGGGGGUUGGACGCGAUAAAUAUGAACCUGCAGCCGUCUCCGAACAUGGCGACAAAAAGGGCAAAAAGGCCAAGAAGGAGAGGGACAUGGAUGAACUGAAGAAAGAAGUUUCUAUGGACGACCACAAACUAAGCCUUGAUGAGCUGCAUCGGAAAUACGGGACAGACCUGAGCCGAGGCUUGACAACUGCUCGAGCUGCUGAGAUCCUGGCCCGAGACGGCCCCAACGCCCUCACUCCCCCUCCCACCACUCCUGAAUGGGUCAAGUUCUGUCGGCAGCUGUUCGGGGGCUUCUCCAUGCUGCUGUGGAUCGGAGCGAUUCUCUGCUUCCUGGCUUAUGGCAUCCUAGCUGCUACGGAAGAGGAUUUUGACAAUGAUAAUCUGUACCUUGGCGUGGUGCUGGCCGCGGUCGUGAUCAUCACUGGCUGCUUCUCCUACUAUCAGGAAGCGAAAAGCUCAAAGAUCAUGGAGUCCUUCAAAAACAUGGUCCCUCAGCAAGCCCUGGUGAUUCGAAAUGGUGAGAAGAUGAGCAUAAAUGCGGAGGAUGUGGUGGUCGGGGACCUGGUGGAAGUGAAGGGGGGAGACCGCAUCCCUGCUGACCUCAGAAUCAUAUCGGCGAACGGCUGCAAGGUGGAUAACUCCUCACUCACUGGUGAAUCAGAACCCCAGACCAGGUCUCCGGAUUUUACAAAUGAAAACCCGCUGGAGACGAGGAACAUCGCCUUCUUUUCCACCAACUGCGUUGAAGGCACUGCACGUGGCAUCGUUAUAUACACUGGGGACCGCACAGUGAUGGGAAGAAUCGCCACGCUUGCUUCUGGGCUAGAAGGGGGCCAGACACCCAUUGCUGCUGAAAUUGAACAUUUUAUCCACAUUAUCACGGGUGUGGCUGUGUUCCUGGGUGUGUCUUUCUUCAUCCUUUCUCUGAUCCUUGAAUAUACCUGGCUUGAAGCUGUCAUCUUCCUCAUUGGCAUCAUCGUAGCCAACGUGCCAGAAGGUCUGCUGGCCACUGUCACGGUGUGUCUGACACUUACUGCAAAACGCAUGGCAAGGAAAAAUUGCUUGGUGAAGAACUUGGAAGCCGUGGAGACCUUGGGGUCCACAUCCACCAUCUGCUCAGAUAAAACUGGAACUCUGACUCAGAACCGGAUGACAGUGGCCCACAUGUGGUUUGACAAUCAGAUCCACGAAGCUGACACGACAGAGAACCAGAGUGGUGUCUCAUUCGACAAAACGUCAGCCACCUGGCUCGCCUUGUCCAGAAUCGCAGGCCUCUGUAACAGGGCGGUAUUUCAGGCCAACCAGGAAAACCUGCCUAUUCUUAAGCGGGCUGUUGCAGGGGACGCCUCCGAGUCGGCACUCCUGAAAUGCAUCGAGCUGUGCUGCGGUUCCGUGAAGGAGAUGAGGGAGAGAUACACCAAAAUCGUCGAGAUACCCUUCAACUCCACCAACAAGUACCAGCUGUCCAUUCAUAAGAACCUCAACGCCAAUGAGCCACGGCACCUGCUAGUGAUGAAGGGCGCUCCAGAAAGGAUCCUGGACCGGUGCAGCUCUAUCCUCUUGCACGGCAAGGAGCAGCCCCUGGACGAGGAGCUGAAGGACGCCUUUCAGAACGCCUACCUGGAGCUGGGGGGCCUCGGCGAGCGAGUGCUAGGGUUCUGCCACCUUCUUCUGCCAGACGAACAGUUCCCUGAAGGAUUCCAGUUUGACACCGAUGAAGUGAACUUCCCUGUCGAUAACCUCUGCUUUAUCGGGCUCAUCUCCAUGAUCGACCCUCCACGGGCGGCCGUCCCCGAUGCCGUGGGCAAGUGCCGCAGUGCUGGAAUUAAGGUCAUCAUGGUCACGGGAGACCAUCCCAUCACAGCCAAAGCCAUCGCCAAAGGUGUGGGCAUCAUCUCUGAAGGCAAUGAGACCGUAGAAGACAUUGCUGCCCGCCUCAACAUCCCAGUGAGCCAGGUGAACCCCAGAGACGCCAAGGCCUGCGUCGUGCAUGGCAGUGACCUGAAGGACAUGACUUCCGAGCAGCUGGAUGACAUCCUGAAGUACCACACGGAGAUCGUGUUCGCCAGGACCUCCCCGCAGCAGAAGCUCAUCAUCGUGGAAGGCUGCCAGCGGCAGGGCGCUAUCGUGGCUGUCACCGGCGACGGUGUCAAUGACUCUCCUGCUCUGAAGAAGGCAGACAUCGGCGUGGCCAUGGGCAUCGCGGGCUCCGACGUGUCCAAGCAAGCAGCGGACAUGAUCCUCCUGGAUGAUAACUUCGCUUCCAUUGUGACUGGCGUGGAGGAAGGUCGUCUGAUCUUUGAUAACUUGAAGAAAUCCAUCGCCUACACCCUGACCAGUAACAUUCCAGAGAUCACCCCCUUCCUGAUAUUUAUCAUUGCAAACAUUCCACUGCCACUGGGGACCGUCACCAUCUUGUGCAUUGACCUGGGCACUGACAUGGUUCCUGCCAUCUCCCUGGCUUAUGAGCAAGCUGAGAGCGACAUCAUGAAGAGGCAGCCCAGAAAUCCCAAAACGGACAAGCUGGUGAACGAGCGGCUGAUCAGCAUGGCCUACGGACAGAUUGGUAUGAUCCAGGCCCUCGGGGGCUUCUUCACGUACUUCGUGAUUCUGGCCGAGAAUGGUUUCCUCCCCUUCCACCUGUUGGGCAUCCGAGUGGACUGGGAUGACCGCUGGAUCAACGACGUGGAAGACAGCUAUGGGCAGCAGUGGACCUACGAGCAGAGGAAGAUCGUGGAGUUCACCUGCCACACGGCCUUCUUCGUCAGCAUCGUGGUGGUGCAGUGGGCUGACCUGGUCAUCUGCAAGACCAGGAGGAAUUCCGUCUUCCAGCAGGGCAUGAAGAACAAGAUCUUGAUAUUUGGCCUCUUUGAAGAGACAGCCCUGGCUGCCUUCCUCUCCUACUGCCCUGGAAUGGGUGUUGCCCUUAGGAUGUAUCCCCUCAAGCCUACCUGGUGGUUCUGUGCCUUCCCCUACUCUCUCCUCAUCUUCGUGUAUGAUGAGAUCAGGAAGCUCAUCAUCAGGCGGCGCCCUGGAGGCUGGGUGGAGAAGGAAACCUACUACUAGUGCCCCCAUCCCGCACCCUCUGCAUCCGUCCCCCGCCCCCUUUGUGUACUCCAGCCUUGGGAUUCGGAACUCCGCCCGGGUAGGAAAGCACCGGAGCAUGUGGGGAGACGUCCUGGAAUGAAGCAUGUCGCUCUGGGGGGAGGGGGGAGGGCUGCCUGACAAACACCGUGUAGGGAAUGACGACAGCGUGGAAGGUUUUUAUGUGCCUUUUUGUUUUUGUAAAAAAGGAGAACCUGGAGAGACUGAGAGAAUACAUUUUAUAUCUGGAUUUUUACAAAUAAAGAUGGCUAUUAUAACGGA